CCAACCGCCCGGACACUCAGUUAGCGAGAGGCAGCGGAGUGAGCGGCUGGGGGAGCAUGGCUGCCGAUGAGUAUGGGGAACCUGCUAAAUAUGACCCGACUUUCAAGGGGCCGAUCAAGUCCCGGAGCUGCACCGAUAUCAUCUGCUGCGUCCUCUUCAUGGUUUUUAUACUGGGGUACAUCGCCGUUGGAAUAUUGGCUUGGUUACACGGAGAUCCGCGGCAGGUAAUUUACCCCAGAAACUCCACCGGGAUGUACUGCGGAAUCGGGGAGAACGCCGAGAAGCCCUUCGUUCUCUAUUACAAUAUUCUCAAGUGUAUCAACAUCCUGACGUCUGCGAUGAAUGGAUUCCAGUGCCCCACCACCCAGGUCUGCGUCGCGGAAUGUCCUUCGAGUUUGAAGUUUUCUAAACCCGGUGAAGCCCCCGCCCGGGCGUUUGCGCAGGAAUAUUGCCAGCCGCAGAUUAAUCUGUCAGACACCAGAGAGACCGUCAUUUCGAUUAUCGAGAAGGAGCUGUGUCCCCCGUUUGUUCUCCCCUCCAAGCCCUUUUUUAACAGAUGUUUCCCGAAUAUCAGCGAUCCGCUGCCCAGCGAUUUCAAUUUCGAUUCCCUCACCUCAGAGGAGAUAGAAGCCAGGAUCGUCAACGGAACCAAGCAGGUUCUGGAAUCCUUCAAUCUUCAGAAUUUGGGGAAAAAGAUCUUUGAAGAUUUUGCCAAAUCCUGGUCCUGGAUCCUCAUAGCUCUGGCGAUUGCCAUGGUGGUCAGCCUCCUGUUCCUCCUCCUGCUCCGGUUCACGGCCGGGAUCCUCGUCUGGGUUCUCAUCGUCGGAGUCAUCGGGGUCAUCGGAUACGGAAUCUAUCACUGUUACAUGGAGUACAGCACCCUGAGCAAGAGCGGCCAGUCGGUGGCCGACGUGGGCUUCACGUUUAACUUCGGAGUUUACUUCAGAGUGAAGGAGACGUGGCUGGCUAUCUUAAUAAUACUCGCGGUGGUGGAAGCCGUCCUCCUGUUACUCCUACUCUUCCUCCGGAAACGCAUCCUCAUCGCGAUCGCUCUCAUUAAAGAAGCCAGCAAAGCCAUCGGCCAUAUCAUGUCCUCUCUGUUCUAUCCCAUCGUGACGUUCGUGCUGCUCCUCGUCUGCAUAGCGUACUGGGGGAUGACCGCCCUAUACCUGGCGACGUCGGGUGCCCCGCUAUACCGAGUCUCCACGCCGAACACCAGCCUCCCGGGAUGUGGCGGCAUCAACGGCAACCAGACCUGCGAGCCAACGAGCUUCAACGCCUCGAGCACGUCCUGCCCGUGGGCUCGCUGCAUCUUCUAUAAGUACAACAACGAGGGUCUCUACCAGACCAACCUCUUCAACCUCCAGAUCUACAACGUCAUCGGCUUCCUGUGGUGCAUGAACUUCGUCAUCGCGCUCGGGCAGUGCGUCCUGGCCGGCGCCUUCGCCUCCUACUACUGGGCCUUCCACAAACCCAAAGACAUCCCGUACUUCCCCGUCUCGGCGGCCUUCAUGAGAACAUUGAGGUAUCACACCGGGUCGCUUGCGUUCGGAGCCCUCAUCCUCACCAUCGUCCAGCUGAUCAGAAUCAUCCUGGAGUAUCUGGACCACAAGCUGAAGGGGGCCCAGAAUCCGUGCACCCGCUUCCUCCUCUGCUGUCUGAAAUGCUGCUUCUGGUGUCUGGAGAAGUUCAUCAAGUUCCUAAAUCGAAACGCAUAUAUUAUGAUCGCGGUCUAUGGGAAGAACUUCUGUGUUUCUGCUAAAAACGCCUUCAAGCUCCUGAUGAGGAACAUUGUGAGGGUGGUGGUCCUGGAUAAAGUCACCGAUUUGCUCAUAUUCUUUGGGAAGCUGAUCGUGGUUGGAGGAGUAGGAGUCCUGGCGUUUUUCUUCUUUUCUGGUCGCCUCCCGAUUCCCAACGAUGCCUUCAAGUCCCCGAGUCUGAAUUAUUACUGGAUCCCCAUUCUGACGGUGGUUUUUGGGUCAUACAUGAUCGCACAGGGCUUCUUCAGCGUGUAUAACAUGUGCGUGGACACGCUGUUCCUCUGCUUUUUGGAGGACUUGGAGCGGAACGACGGCUCGGCGGAGAAGCCGUACUAUAUGCCCAAGUCGCUGAUGUCCAUCCUGAACAAGAAGAACCGACCGCCCCAGUCCGAAGAGAAGAAGAAGAAGAGGAAGAAGAAAUAGUGUCGUCCAUUUUCCUACGACCUCACUUCCUGUCUGUCACCGUCACGCUAAGUCUGUGCUGACAUGACUUCCUGUGUGAUCAGACGUCAUUUCGCUGCUGAUUUUUACAAACGUCCGGAUCAUCCCCCGCCUCUAUAUAUAUAUAUAAUA